UCUACAGUCUGUACCUAAGUUUGCGUCAGUCCGUCGGCUACUUCAGACAGGGAGAACAACGAAGAAGAGCCACACUCGUCCAUGCCGAACAGCAUGCAUCCCAGAUAGUUGGUUACCUCGAACGGCACGAGUGGAGGAAUCUGCGACAGCAAUGCGUCGCUCCGUUGCGAUGGUUCUUCUCUGAAUCGUUUCUAGAGAGCCAAUGGAGGGCGAUUCUCACCAACUGCGGGCCUCUUCGACAAACUGGUCACCCCACCGUCACGAUGGGCUGGUUCGUCCUUACUGCCAAAGUAUCCCUCCGGUUCGGCCGUGUGUCCCUUGCCUUAUCACUUCAGAUGACACCUUCCGGCAAGAUCAUCGGUCUGCGUGUCCUCACGUUGCAGGCAGCUGGCAUGGGUGCCUCCUGGCAGCCACCGCCAUAUGCAACCGAGGAUGUCACUUGUAUCCCUCUCACGCUCGGCAAGGGCCUGUACAGAGUGGCGGCAGAACUAACCGUCCCGCCCUCCAUUAAAACUGGCCAGAAAUACCCCUACUCCACCAUUGGCGCCCUAAAACCAUUCAAGGACAUGGCGCUUGGUCUUGCCAAUCGCGGUAUUGCGUCUUGUCGGUUCGACAAGUUUACAUGCACGAUUGCUGGGAAACUCCUCACGCGCCACACGAUAGUCACGCUCACAGGUGAAUACUUCUAUCAUGUCAGACAUGCCAUACGUAAGGUCGGUGAACACCCUUAUAUCCACCAUGAUAGGAUAUUCCUCCUGGGCCAUAGUUUGGGUGGGUUGAUCGCCGCUCGCCUUGCGGCCGCUGAGCCCGCGAUAGCAGGCUGUGUUCUUAUGGCGUGUCCGGCGCAGCCGCUAUACCGGUGUGCUAUUCGACAACUUCGGUAUCUCAAGAGUCUCGACGAGUGUGACUGUGGUGAGCAACGGUCAGCCGAUGAGCCAAGUAUGAUAGAUAAUACGAUCGAGAUGCUGGAAAAGCAAGCAGAGCUUGCAGAUGGUGCGACUCUGACCCGAUCAACGCCAGCCAGCCAACUACCGUUUGGUCUUGGUCCUGCAUAUUGGCUUGAAUAUCGUGACAUCAAUGCCAUUCAAUCCCUGCAGCGAUCCGAGUGUCCUGUCUUGGUGCUGCAGGGUGCACGGGAUUACCAGGUUAUCGUCAACGAGGACUACGCAGCGUUUUAUGCAAAGUUCCAGGAUCGCCAGAAUGUACACUUUCGCCUGUAUGAGAAGCUAAAUCAUUUGUUUGUACCGGGGGAGGGGAAGUGUACUCCGGCCGAGUAUGAUAUUGGAGGAAGUGUAGACGUGGCUGUUGUGGAUGAUAUCAAGCGAUGGGUUAAGACUGUUGAUUCUACUUGA